GUGAAUUCAAAAGAUUCUUUAGAGAGAAAAUGUUGGAAGGUAUUCCAGCCCGUUACGCGGUGGCCUUUGUGGCUUUUCUCAAUUUCUUUUACGUGUACAUGAUCCGCUUGAAUGUCAACAUUGUCAUCGUGGCCAUGGUCAAUUAUACGGCCAUUCCGCACACCAACGUCACGACGGCUCAGGAAUGCGGCCAACCAGAAGAGGAACAAGCCGCUUAUCCUGACGCUGACCAGCAGGAUGAUGGAGAGUUUGUGUGGGACGAGAAGAUCCAAUCGCUCGUGUCUGUUUCCUUCUUUUGGGGCUACAUCGUCACCCAGCUGAUCGGAGGGAGGAUAGCCGAGAAAUUCGGUACCAAAUACAUGUUCGCCGGUGCGCAAAUGACAGCUGGCCUCGUCACGGUUUGCCUCCCCAUUUUGGCCAGGUCUGGAACUGAAUUUUUCAUAGCUGGGAGAAUUCUGCUCGGAUUGGCACAGGGGGUGAUUGUCCCAUCCAUUCAGCCAUUGGUAGCAAAAUGGGCCCCAACGGGGGAGAGGAGCAGCAUCACCACUUUUAUAUUUUCAGGGGCUCAGGUGGGGACAGUUCUCGGCAUCACUUGCAGCGGGCUCAUUGCAGAUUCCCUGGGCUGGGAGGCUGUGUUUUACAUCCAAGGGUCCCUGGCUGUGGUUGUGGUUGCUGCCUGGCUCCAUGUGGUUUACGAUUCACCUGAACUGCACCCAAGAAUUUCUGCAAAGGAAAGGGAAUACAUAAAAAGUUCAACUUUCACACCAGCCAACAAGGCAUUGGCAGUGCCCUGGAAGUCCAUUGCAACUUCGGUCCCCUGCUGGGCCCUGUUGGUGUCCACUCUUGGAAACAACUGGGCAUUUUAUAUGUUGAUUACCCAACUGCCCAUUUACAUGAAGACCAUUCUCCACUUUGACAUGAAAAGCAACGCGUUGCUGUCGGCUCUCCCCUAUUUGGUCAUGUGGAUCUUGAGUCUCUUGGUGGCCCAAUUCGCCGAUUUAACGGCCCGAAAAGGUUGGGCCUCGACCAAUGUCAUUCGAAAAACGGCCAACUCUGUCGCUAAACUGGGCCCGGCUCUCUGUUUAUUGAUGGUCUCAUUUACUGGCUGCGAUCGCCUGUCAACUCUGAUUCUCCUGGUCCUGGCCGUCGGUCUCCAAGGUGCCGUUUUCAGCGGUUUUCUCAUCAACCAUUUGGACAUGGCGCCGAAUUUCUCAGGGACAAUCUACGGAAUAAUUAGCGGUUUGGCUUCCGUUAACAGUUGGCUAGCGCCUCUGGUGGUUGCUUCAUUGACGGAAGCCCAGCAAACUCUGAGUCAAUGGCGGAUCGCUUUCCUUCUGUGCUCUUCCAUAUUGGUCAUCGACGCCUUCGUCUUCCUCCUGUUCGGCUCCACCGAGCGCCAGCCCUGGGACAAAGAAGAAAUUCAACAAACUGAACCAACAGAAUUAAACUAAGAAACUUUCCCUUGUGUAUAGUUUUCAGACUGUAUACACAUUCAAAUAUACACACAGGUGUCAAACCGUUGGGAGUUUUGUUGGAAAAAAAUGGUCCGAAUGGAAAGGUGAAAAGAGAAAAUGCGGAUGAAAGUAGAGAAGAGGGGAGAAGGGCUCUAAUAACUUACCACCAGAGGCUCUUUUUUCCUUUGCUCU